CUAAAACGUAUCGUUACAGACUAUCCAACUAAAAUUUGCCCAAAACCGAAAUGCAUCUUCCUGCAUAUUUAAUUUCGUUUUGUUUGCUCCUCUGCUACGCCAACGCCGACGUUAAUGAGAUUGUUGCCAAUGACCCGCCAAAAUCGGAGGAAAUUCAAACGUGUCUGGUGUUAACCACCAACUUGCAACCCGAUCUGGAGGCCAACACCGUUCUGCCGGAGCACGGUCCGGUGCCGGAAUCGUCCUCGCUAACGGAGGUUGACGUCAAGAUCGCUACCGAGCCGGAAGAGGUUCAGCCGAGUGGUCAGCUGGACAGCACCCAUGCGGACUAUCAGGGACCGUAUCACUACGGCAAGCCAAAGAUCCCACUGGAGUACGGUGCUCCGCUGCCGGCAACCGAUGUUCCAGCUCUUCCUCCGCCGGAGGGACGGAAUGAAAUCUUCGAAGGUGAGGACUAUCUGCCGCCGUCGGUGGACAGUGAUAGCAGCGUCAGAGCUAAGAGACAUGCUAAGUUUGCGAGCAGGCGUUCGGUUUAGCGGUGCUGUGUAUUAAUGGUUUGGAAUAAAGUUUGACG